GCUGACUGUCAUGUGAUGACGCUAAUAUUUUUCCACCCAUUUUCAUUAAUAUCAAAACCCACCACAACAACGAAUUAAAAUUAAUGAUUACUCAUUAAGAACAAGUCCCGUUAAUUAUCUCAGUGAUGGAUUAAUCAACAAACCGGAAGUCGACGGGAAAAACAAAAUUCAGUUUAACGAAGAUUCUAUCAACACCCCCGAUUUGAUGCACCCGAUGAUAAAUUAAAUUUCCGCAAUUGCAUUGGAGCCCUAGAUUCGCCGACAACAUGUGGCUUCCCCAAUAUGUGAUGACGUUUAAUUGAAUUAACGAACUAUCCCGUGACCAAUUAGCCACUGGGAAUGAAUAAUUUGUGGUACGCCAGACUUUUAAUCGCAUUGGUCCGCCUCGUGGGAUGAAACAAAUCCCUUCAAACCCUCGUGACUUAUUCAUUGGACUCUUCGUUGUUGAAUAAUUCCCUCAUCCCCGAGGACUCUUGGGCAAUGAGGAAAAAUGGCAACAUCAACAGUAACGAGGUACCGCGGAAGUGGAAGUGAGCAGCAUCAGGAUGCUGUGCAACUGUCCACAGCAACGUGCCCACCGAGCAAUUUUCCAGACAAAUUUCAGGACUUUUUUGCUGCACUCACGGAAGACACUGAUGAUCUGCCAACAAUGCUGGAGGACAAACUCAUACCCAGCAGGACUGACAGUCCUGAUGCCAAGAAAAAUAACACGAGGUGGGGAAAACGAACAUUUCAACGCAGAAGUAGCGAGAUUGAGGUGCGAUUGCAUGGGGGGGGAGGUCAUUCCAUGGGUGCACAAUCGCAAUCUACGACUGAAGCCCCCAAAUCACCAACUCCGUCGAGAAGAAGGAGUUGUAGCAUUGCGGUUGCCAGACCUACGCCGGAUUUGCACAGAUUCCUUCAGGCUGAGGCGGGCCCCUGGGGGCAUUUAUCCCCCUCGCCUAGGAGCCCGACCAGAAAUAGUAUAUUGAGUCCUGGGGCUGUUUCGAUGACACCACACUUGAGCCCCAGUCCAACGAGUCCAUCAGCUCCUGGGACAGCCUCGCGGGCGAGAGUAGACAGGCAACAGCGGGGGCGGACCAGCAGUAUGCCCGCAGUGCCCAGACAUCGGCCAAUGCUCGGGGACACCAAGCGAGGGGGACUCUUCGGAGAUGCCGAGGACAAUGAGGCAGAGAGCGAAGUGGAAUACUAUCGAUUGAGGUCUUUCUCCAUAACUGCCAAUGGGGUAUUUAAUCUCGGGGAUUCCCUCAAGAGUCGACGGAGCAAGAGCAUCAACAGUGUUACAUCAUCGGGAACGAGUUGCAGCAGUACCAGGGAUGCCAGAUUACUCAGUUCGGGAUCGCAGCAUUCAUGCAUCGGGACAGAUGAGAAUGCUGAUAGUGAGAACAAAGUGGCUACCUACAAGGUGGGCAUGUUGGGGGCUUCUGGAGUUGGCAAAACCGCUCUGACGGUGCAAUUCACCACUAGCGAGUAUAUCUGCGCGUAUGACGCAUCUCUGGACGACGAAUAUGGCCAGAAGAGUGUAUCAGUGAUGAUCGAUGGACAAGAAACAGAGCUUGAGAUUAUAGAUCAUCCAGCAUCAGAAAUGUCUGUGGAGAGUUUCUGUGCAACGUACAACCCCGACGUGUACGUCGUGGUCUACUCAGUAGUAGACAGACGCUCCCUAAAAACCGCUGAGGAGACACUCCUCUACCUCUGGAAAGGCGACUACAUGGCCACCCACGGUGUCAUUCUCGUGGGGAACAAAGUAGAUCUCGAGAGGAAACGAGAAGUUCCAUCCAUGCUGGGUAGAAGGCUAGCCAACAGCUGUGGUUGCAAAUUCAUCGAGACCUCAUCAGGCCUAGCCCACCACGUGGACGAGCUUCUCGUGGGAAUCCUGGCCCAAAUAAAAUUAAACCCUCAACGGGCUCGGGAUCAAGUGACACGACGCAGAAAAAACAAACAACGACGCAAAAUCCUCAAGCAUUUACUUGGAUUUAAGAGAAAAACCAAGAGCUGUGAGAACCUAUUCACCCUUUGAACUAGUGAUACAUGCCGCAAUAUGAAGAAACGAAAAUUACAUUUUUACCUCUCGUGUGCUAGAUGUUAACCCAUAUCAUUAAUAAAGAUCUUCAUUACUACAUGAAGUACUAUUUUA